GCCUCCCCCCGGCCCGCCCCGCCUCCCCGCUCGCUCCCCGGGCCAGGCCCGCGGCACCCCCGGCCCAGCCAUGUCGCUGCACGGGAAGCGGAAGGAGAUCUACAAAUAUGAGGCGCCCUGGACCGUGUACGCCAUGAACUGGAGCGUCCGGCCCGACAAGCGGUUCCGCCUGGCGCUGGGCAGCUUCGUGGAGGAGUACAACAACAAGGUGCAGCUUGUUGGUUUGGAUGAAGAGAGCUCAGAAUUCAUUUGCAGGAACACAUUUGAUCACCCCUACCCCACCACGAAGCUGAUGUGGAUCCCAGACACCAAGGGAGUCUACCCAGACCUGUUGGCCACCAGUGGGGACUACCUACGAGUGUGGAGAGUGGGUGAGACCGAGACCCGGCUGGAGUGUUUGCUGAACAACAACAAGAACUCGGAUUUCUGUGCUCCACUGACAUCAUUUGACUGGAAUGAAGUGGAUCCUUACCUGUUAGGUACCUCUAGUAUUGACACAACCUGCACUAUUUGGGGUCUGGAGACAGGACAGGUUCUGGGAAGAGUAAAUUUGGUGUCUGGCCACGUGAAGACCCAGCUCAUUGCACAUGACAAAGAGGUGUACGACAUCGCCUUCAGCCGCGCGGGCGGCGGCCGGGACAUGUUUGCGUCGGUGGGCGCGGACGGCUCGGUGAGGAUGUUCGACCUGCGCCACCUGGAGCACAGCACCAUCAUCUACGAGGACCCCCAGCACCAUCCCCUGCUGCGCCUCUGCUGGAACAAGCAGGACCCCAACUACCUGGCCACCAUGGCCAUGGACGGCAUGGAGGUUGUGAUUCUCGAUGUCAGAGUUCCCUGCACCCCUGUUGCCAGGUUAAACAACCACAGAGCAUGUGUAAAUGGAAUUGCCUGGGCACCUCACUCUUCCUGCCACAUCUGUACAGCAGCUGAUGAUCACCAGGCUCUCAUCUGGGACAUCCAGCAAAUGCCUCGUGCCAUUGAGGACCCCAUCCUGGCCUACACAGCCGAGGGAGAGAUCAACAACGUACAGUGGGCAUCCACCCAGCCAGACUGGAUAGCCAUCUGCUACAACAACUGCCUGGAGAUCCUCAGAGUCUAACUUUGCUGCUUCAUGCACAGUCAGGCAGGGCUGUGUCAUUCCCCCUCCCCUCUAAAGUAAGAACACCACCAGUCAAGUGGCCAGUAUCUGUUGUUGCUUUGCAUCUACUCUUACAAGAAACUGUUACAAGAAUGGAUGGCAGGGGUCUCCUGUCUCUCAAGACUCUAAAAUGCAGAGACAUGCUGAGCCUCUUGGACCUUCUGGGUUCUGGUUUUCUUGUGAAAUUCUUUUUCCCUCAGUAAAAGUUCUGUAUAUUUGUUUGUUGACUGUAUUAAUAAGCUUGCAGGCUUUUAAGUUGCUGCAUAUGUCUGUGUGUUUGUCAGCCAGCUGAGGCAGCACAUCCACCAGUUCAAUAGAUGCAGGUGCAAAACAAGGUGGGGGGGAAAGACAAUGAUGUUAACGGCCACCUUGGCAGGAAUCUUUCUCAUUCCUGUUGUUGCUGCCUCUAAACUGUUUAAACGUUUGUAUGUUUUUUAUAUAUUGGGCUAACUUUCUAUUGAGUAAGGUUUUUCUCCCGAAUUCUUACUUUUGAUAUGUGAUCCACUUCCAUAUGUCCAAAGCAGGACCUGUUCCUGGAUACAAACCACAGUAACACUGCAGGCUCCCUGGCAGUUACUGCCUGCCAGAAUUAACUGUUGCCUUGGCUCCCUGUAUCUGGUGACCUGGGCAGAAUUUCCUGGUGCUGUGAAGUACUUGUUGCACAAUUUCUUUACACUUUUCUGAUGCUCAAGGCAGUUGUUGCUAUGGUAGGUCUUAUUUUUAAAUUCUGAGUUUGUGUGUGUCCUGCAGCCGUGUUAGCAAGCAGAGCUAACAGGUGAUAGGUUGGGAAAGAAGAUCCGUGCAUGACGUGAGCUGCCAGGAGGUAACAACUCCUGAAAAAAUGUACUUGUAAUGGAUUUGAGAUUGGCACUUCCAAUGAAAUGAUUUCCCCUCAGAAGACUUACCUUAUCUAAAUCAAAAUAAAAUGGUUUCACUCUUUGUAGCUUGCUUGAUGGGCAAAUAAUAUGAGCAAGAUUUUGUGGUUAGGCUGUACUUUGGAGGUUGUGUUUGGCCUGUGUUCCUGGGAGGUCUUGAAGGGAGUGCAAAGCAAUCUUUUUGUGAAGUGUUUUUUUGCUUUGUACUGCCAGGUCGUGCUGAAUGAAUGAGACAAGUCAGAAAAGCUGGUCUGCUAUCCAAAAGAAAGCUGUUUUCUUGGAAGAAAUUACUCCCUAAUGCGAUGCACAAAGGUGGAUUUAGAAGGAAAGAAGCUGUGCCAUUGAGGCCAAGGUUUGGCAUUUGUCAUCCUCCUGAUUUGGAGGAUGUGCCAGAGGGCUUCUGUUUGGAAUAGUGGAUCAGUCUACAGUAACACAGCUCAAUGAAAGCUGAGUGGAUUAGGCAAGAUAAAAAUGUUUGUUGAAGUCUUCCACUAACGUGGGUCCUGUGCUGAAGGCUCUGCAGUGCUCUGCAAUGAGGACAUGACAGCCAGAGCUGCUCUGGAAGGGUGUGCAGCCCAGUUUCCAUGUAAAUGUCAGAAACCAUGAAAAUUCUUUCCACCUAAUGAGUAUUCACCUGCAGAUGAUAAAUAGUAGGACACUGCCAAACUUGCAUCUUGUCAGUUUAUGCAGGAAAGGCAAGCUGGGAAAGCAAAUGCCGUGGAACAGUGAAGCUGACACUGAGAACACUGUCAAAUACAGAACAGAAUCUGCAAAGUUUUGUCAUUCUGGACGUAGAUAAAUACUCUUCUGCAGGCUGCUUCUCACCAUGGAGCUCAGAAAAGCAUUGCCUCAGGAAUUUGAUAGGAAUUCAUUAGGGACAGCUGUAUUCCAUCACUGCUUUUGAUAGCAGAGAACCAAGAGACUAACACUGUUCAAGCUGAUGUUUUGUCAUUGGCACUCUCUGUGUUCAGUUGUGAGAUUUCUGACAAAGCUUGAUGUGACUUGAAGGUCAAUUUUUCUUAUUAGCAGCAGUACUGAGAGUAGUGUGUUCCACAGACAGGUUUUAGCUAGAUGUCAGAGCAGUGUUAGCCAAACAAUUAGUUAUCACUUCUUACAAUAGCACUUCAUCUGAAACUGGAAAAAACUUAGGUAGAAUGAAGUGAAAAUUGGGGUUUUCUUAGCAGGGGUGGCUAAUGGCAUUCACAGCUUUAGGAGCCAUCUGAAGUACAUUCACAGGCUUGUCAUGCUCUGUUUAAUUACAAAUGGCAGGCAAAACGUGCUGUUACUAACAGGGAGCUACCUGCAGUGUUAGUAGUUUCCAUGUCUCCUUUUUGCUUCAAAGUUUACUCCUGCACAGAUGGCAUGAAUCAAAGAUGAAUGCUAAGAUGAUGAGAAGAGAGCUUGUAUAAAGGGACCCAUGGUCUGAAUAGCCAGGGAGAUUCUGCUUCUGUUGGAAAACAAUCCUGGCAGGGACCUGAAGAGGAUCCAGUGCCAGUUCUUCCAUCCAUGAAACUGAUGGAAGUCUAUUUGUGGAGUUGUGUACUUAUUCCAAAGGCAUCAAAGGCAAGUGAAGGAAUCUUGGAGGCUCCAGUGGAUUCUAAAUAAAGCCUAUAUCCUGUUUUUUUAGCCAGUUGGGAUACCUUCUGGAUCUACAGCAUAUUGCUUUGGGCAUAAUCCAUUGUCAUUCUUCACAUGAAAUUGUGUUUUAAAUCACUAGAGACUGUUUUGGCACAGGGAAAAGAUACUUAAAAUAACUUCAAAUAUGUCACUUGAAAGGUUAAUGAGUGAAAAGACUUGAAAAUCCUCAUGGGUGAGAUGUUCUGUAGUGCAAAUGGCACUUCUGUAUAGACAAGGAAGGGAAAGACUUUGGUGCUCUUUUGGCAGCAGCUGCUGCCCCAGUGGCAGGAAGGGAAUGCUCUCCUUGGUGGUGCCAGGUUCAUCUGCAAGAUGAAACACUUGUUACUGGAGCCUGCAAAUUGAAAUAUGCAAUUUAUCACAUUUCCCCUGCUUGACAUUCAAUUUUCCUGGGUGUAAAGCCCCCAUAAGCAUUAUUUAUCCCCAAAGUUCAUGAAAAGAAAUAGUUUGAUAUUCAAUUUCCAUUAUUUGGUGCUUACUGCACAAGCAGAGGAUGCAGAACAACUGCUUGCAAAUACCUCAUGUUUUUGGAGUAGAAGAAGAGUGAGCACAGGUGAGGUGAGCACAGCAGAAAAGCAUGUGCUGUCGUUGGUACAGGCCUGAUUCUGGGACAGAAAUACUUAAUAUAGAAAUACUUAAUACAGAAAUACUUAAUGCAGAUGUUCUGUAUCACUUCUCCAGCUGAUGAACUCAAGAGACUAAACUAUUGUUUGGUUGUUAUGUUCUGUUUAAACCAAGCUCUCCACAGAUUCCUACUAUUAUGUGGGCAGCCUGCUGACUCUCAGCCAGGAGAUGUUGGCGAUGUAAAACUUGUUAGUGAGGUGAAAACUUCCAGCUGACAAGUUGAAUGUUGAAUUAGUGUGUAGUGUGCCAACUCUACUCUUGUGUGAAUUGUCUAAAUGAGAGGGGCUAUGGUAGCUUGCAUCUGUGGGAGUUAUUUGUAUGUGCAGGGAUUUAAAAGGCAAGGAUUUGAGUGCUUUGACAAUCUAAUUAGAAAAAAACCGCUGUGGUUUCAAAUAAUAGAAAAGGAGACUGCUAAGCCAGGUUGUUUCCUAUGGAACCUUGAAGUGUAUUUAACAGGGGAAGCAUUGCCUCUCAUAAGUCAAAGUUAAUGAUCCUUUCAAAACUUUGCAGUAAUUACUCUACUGAACGUUCUGGAUCAUAGUAAAAGCUCUAUUUUUGCCUCGUGGUGCAGUGAGAAGCUGCCUCAGUCUCAAGUGUGGAUCAUAGCCUGCCAGAGAGCAGGUGAGGGGAGGAGUCUGGUGCAGAAUUCACAGAUGUUCUCAUGCUUGUUGUCAGUGGAAAUGAGGAGCUGAGUGUGUCCGUUUUGUUCUCUUGCAGAUGGCACUUUAACAAGUAUAUUUUGGGUAAGAUUAGGAGGAGAGUCAUCUUUCCUUCAGCCCUUGUAGGGUAGGCAUUGGUCCGUGUUGUGUAGGAAAUGUUGAAUAAGGCCUGUCACCAAAAUCCUGAACUGGGGAUGUAGUGGACCCUUGCUUGUUUUUACUGAAAACCAAAAGUAUGAGCACUUGACAAGGCUGUAAAUGUAAAACUGAAUCUUCAUGUUCUGGAUCUGACACUGUCCUGUAAGGCCUGCCCAAGGGAUGUCCCCUAGGGAAUCCUUUCUGUUUAGGAGCUUUAGAGGUGUUUGGAAUCCUCUUCUUUAACAUCAGAACGUGGUGGUGGCACUGCUGGGCUGGUUGUGUAGGGAUGUGCCCAGAUUCUUUGGAUAACUUGAAUGUUGUGAGAGAAAAACUGCAGCUGCUGCCUGUAAAACACUGAAACAUUGAACUGGCAGCUUGUUGGUGGUGUUUUAACUCCUCCCAGACACGCUGGGCAGAGCAGACAGCAGCAGGGGCGAGCUCUGGGCUCAGCAGGCUGCACAGUGUCAGUCCCAUCAAAGUUCUGAAGGGUUGAGUUUCCCCACUGCCCAUAGCAGUGUUCCACCACCUCAGAUGCACCCUGUUAUCCUGCCAGGUAACAGAUUCUCUCUAUCACGUUUCCUGCUUCCUACUCUCAGACCAAUAUUCCAGAGCAAGCCUGUACUUACUGUUCUGUAAUUGUGUGUGGCACUUAAGGAGCACUUUCUGAUGCAGCUGUACUUCCCCUGCUUACCCAAGAAGAGUCAGAAGUGUUUCAUUCUCGAGGGUAUUGAGGAGAGUUUAGGAUGCCCCUGACUCAGUUUGUUUUCUGGAAGAGAUCUCCAGAAUUUCCAAUCAGCACCUUUCACCAGCAGUAAAAAGAACAGUAAUUAAAAGUGCAGCUAAAUACCAGUCACUGAAGGCUCAUCUGGUGAUUCAUGGCAGACACCAGAUGCAAAGGCACUUGUGAGAGUUGCUGCUGCCUCUUUCAGGUGUUGUAUGUCUGCCAAGGACCUCGGUGGCCUUUUGUGCAGCCUCUGACACUCAGCAUCAGGUGAGAAUUUCCAUAGUCAUAAAAAUAAUUAAAAUUAUCUCAGUGACUUCGAUCAAGUUUGCUUCUUUUUGGGAAAUCUAACAAAAUUAAGAAAUGAAGCUAUUUCCUGACAAAACACUGUGGCCAUGUGCAGCUGUAAACCUGUGGUCCAGCUCCCAUCCCUUGGAGUUUGCUUUCCACGUGCAACUCCAGCCCCCUCUUAGUGCUGAGGGGGGUCUGUGGGAACCAGAGCAGCACAGAGUCCCAGUGCAGCUGGAAAAAGGUAUGUUGCUCUUUCUGACAACUUGGGGAAUAGGAAUUAUGAAAUUUGCUAUUUAAAAAGAACCUUUUUUUAACCCUUGGGUUGCUAGCAGUGUAAAAUGUAAUUUAAAUCCAUUGCACCCAAGCAUUUUUGUUACCAGUAGCCGAGUAGGAGAUUCUACUUUUAGGUGUGUUUUCCCUUCUGCUCUUCCCAUUCACAGUCCUGUUGUGGUAAUUUCCUGAAGGUGUUCUCUUUGUAGCAUGAUUGUACAAACAUCCAUAUGAGAUUCCUGACUUCUUGUUCUCACUAGAGUAUGUUAAAGCAAUAGUAAUUUUACUUCUGUCCUUUUCUCCACCGCUACUAUUCUGUCCUAGAGGAAUCCCAGUAUCCUGCUAUUCAACAGACAUAUAUUGUUGACAUGGAUAACUGCAGUGUCCCUAUAUUCCUUUAUUUUUAUGGAGAAAAUAUAAAAGGGUUUGUUACAAUGGAUUUUAACACCUGAGUCAUGGAACCAUAUUGUUGAAACUGUAAAUUUUAAGGCAAUUUUCUGAACUUGCUUGAAAGUGGAAUGUUGCAUCCUUUUAUGCUAUUUCCUGCUUCCUAUGUAGUUUUAUUCAGAUUUUUUAACCUUCUUUCUAAGUUUCAGCCUCCUGUGUAUUAGGUACAGUAUUUUCAGCCUUUCAUACUUUGUAAUAAAAAUGGAACCUUUGUAGAUUGA